GCCACUGCGGUCCGCAUGCGCUCAGCUCACACACAUCAGAAGGUUUAUUUCACUUGCAGCUAACGUUUCAGUUGGAGAGAGAGGGAUAAAGAGAGAGAGAGAUAGAGAGAGAGGUAGAGAGAGAGAGAGAGUGUAUUUGGUCACUAGGACGGUAUGUGCGGCGCCCCAAAGUCAGUCCUGAACGGGCCGUAGCUCAAGGAGAGAGAGGAGCGUCCGCUAUUACGGUGGAGGCCCUUGGGGUGAACUUUUUACUUCAUUUCACUUCUGUAUAGAGUGACUUUUUCGUUCUUUCCUUUCCUGCGCCUCUCCCCGGUCGGACGGUUGGUGGAAUGGCAGAGAAGCGACGCUCCCCGUGCACUCUGAGCGUCAAGGCGCACGCGUUCUCGGUGGAAGCUCUGAUCGGGUCGGAGAAGAGACGGAAGCUCGGGGAGGACGACACUAGGGUGUGCUUUCUCGAGGAGGUCACGGAGGUGUUGGAGCUGCCCAGUAACGGAGGGGAGAGAGAGGAGAGGGCGUGCAACCGCGCCAGCGACCGGGGCAGCGAGAUAGAGUGCGUUAGUGACGGCUCGCUGGAGAGCUGUGACGUGCUGUUGGAAAGCCCCCUCCCAGAGGCCCAAGCCCAGCGCGCCCCACCGGUAACAGUAACGGUUCCCGGAGAGGAGAUGCGCGUGGACUUGCAGGGCUCCGACCUGUGGAAACGGUUUCACGAGAUCGGUACAGAGAUGAUAAUCACGAAGGCGGGCAGGCGGAUGUUCCCCGCUAUGCGCGUGAAGAUUUCGGGUCUGGACCCCCACCAGCAGUACUACAUUACCAUGGACAUUAUCCCCGUGGACAACAAACGAUACAGGUACGUGUACCACAGCUCCAAGUGGAUGGUCGCGGGAAAUGCAGACUCCCCAGUGCCGCCGCGUGUAUACAUCCACCCGGACUCUCCGGCUUCCGGUGAAACGUGGAUGCGUCAGGUGAUCAGCUUCGACAAACUCAAACUGACCAAUAACGAACUGGAUGACCAGGGACAUAUCAUCCUCCACUCCAUGCAUAAGUACCAGCCGCGAGUGCAUGUGAUUCAUAAGGAGCGUGGCGAGGAGCUGUCUCAUGUUAAAGCCGUUCCCCAGGGAGACGGCACCAGAACACUCAGCUUCCCAGAGACCACCUUCACCACUGUCACCGCAUACCAGAACCAACAGAUCACCAGGUUGAAGAUUGACAGGAACCCAUUUGCUAAAGGCUUCAGAGACUCAGGCAGAAACCGGAUGGGUCUGGAAGCGCUAGUAGAAUCCUAUGCUUUCUGGCGUCCGUCUCUAAGAUCCCUGACAUUUGAAGACAUCUCUGGAAUUAAGCAAGGAGCCCCAGGGCCCCACGGAGGUGUUGGAUCGCCUCACCUGCUCUCCUCCUCUCCUUGCUCCUCCCCCUUCCAGGUGUGGCCUCUCUCCCCCCCGGACUACACCUGCAGCAGGCCGACACACACACCCCUACAUCGCUACAGUAACCACCCCGAGCCCUUCCCCUCUCCUACGUCGCGAGGACCGUCAGCCUAUGACAACGAAGGAUUUUGCUCUAUGUCCCUCCCUCCCUCUCAGAUUGGCUAUCUACAAAACCCCGCCCACCAGGGUUACGGAAGUCUCCGUCUCCACUCCCCCCCUUACGGUCUCUACGGUUACGCCUUCCCCCCCUCCCCCCGCCUCGUUGCCAGCCCAGACAAGAUGGCGGCUCCUUCUGCCACUGCAGCCAAUCAGAACGCUUUUCUCGGCUCCUCACCCAGCGGAACCCUGGCGGACAGUCUGGGCAUGCUCAGUGGAGGCCAGCAGGCCAACUUCUUGUUUGACUCUCGGACGCUGGGAAUGGCUGGCAGCCAGUCAGGGGGAGGAGCUUCACAGGUCACUACCCACAUGGGCUGAGAAAUACUCCGACCCUGACCCCCAGGGUUGCUAUGGCAAAUAGCUGCUGCUCCGGGUAGGGCAUGGGUUUGGAACUCUGGAAAAAAACACCAGCCAAUGAGGAUUGAUGAGACAUCUCACGGACCUAUGGGGAGACAGAUAGAGAUGGAGAGAUGGAGAGAGAAAGAGGAAACAGAGCGAGACAGCUUCAGUGACGUUUGUUUUGAGCGCUAAGAAAGAUAAAGAGAGAACGUCAAACUCCGCCGUUUUAACGUCUACAGGUGCUGUUGUUGUUGUUGUUGUUGUUGUUGUUGUUGUUGUUGUUGUUGUUGUUCCUAAGUAUGUUAUUAAAAAGACUAAAUUAACAGACGCUUCAGAGAGACUGAAACAGCUGCAUUGGAGGGGAUCUGGGGGUCCGGUACGAGACUGGAGACCCGAGAGAAUAAACACACAGAACCAACCAGCCGCGGAGCUGGAGAUUCAACAUCCAGAAGAAUCGGGAAAUGAACACUAGUAAAGCUUCAGCACCUGUGGACAGCGUCUCUGAACAGUUAGAACCUCACACAGCUCCUAGGAACAGAGUGGACAUAGUGAGAGGCAUACUGAGAUAUAUGAAUGGUGUUAUAAAGGAUGGAUGGCUGUAUUCCCAUGCCAAAGAUACAGUAUCAGGCAAUCUGUAAUGUUUCCCUAUUCCUUAUGUCGUGCACUUCUCCUGGAUGGAAACCUAUGAAGCAGCCCUAUGAAGCUCUGGCCUAAAGUAGUGCACUAUAUAAGGAAUAGGACUUACAUCCCACGUUGUGUGUGUGUGUGGCAUGUUUUAACUAUUUGACUUAAAGGUGUCAUAACUGCUUAUAACCUUUAUACAUAAUGAACUGUGUUAAUGGUGGGUCAUGUGACCUAACGCACUUACUGCCGAUAUAUACACACACACACACACACACACACACACACACACACACACACACACACACACACACACACACACACACACACACACACACACACACACACACACACACACACACACACACACACACACACACACUGCCAACACACAGCGUUCUGCCUGGCCUCUGUCUAUGACGGACAAGCAGCUUCAUGAGCCAAAAAAAACAAUAAAAAGUAUAAUAUU